AUGGAUUCGAACCGUGGAGCUCUGGAGAUCCCUGACAGGGAUGCGCGCACUGGAGCUAGGGUUUUAGGACGCGCGAGGAGGGAGCGAGCGCAUUCCCUAUCAGUGGCAAUUGUUUUGCACAUCUUUCCCGGAGGCAAUUGAGAUCGAUGGCAUCACGGGAUUUCGAAGAAUUCCACAAGAAAUGGUUUGAUGCAGCUAGCUUGCAACUCAAAUCUCUUCGCAAUGCUUUGAAGGAGGAGCUUUGCUCAGAGGAAUUGCUCAUCCAAGCACUACAACAAUUCUACACUUUCUACAGAAACUAUGCCGAGGAAAAGAUCCAGAUGAUCAAAGAAGAUGCUUCUCACGUAGUAGCGAGCUGCUGGAGGUCCCCGCUGGAGAUUUCUUUCCUGUGGAUGGGAGGGUGGCGACCAACAAUGAGCAUCAUCUUGGUUUUCUCGCUCAUGGGGAUGCAGAUAGAAGAUGAUCUCGUGAAAAUCUUGGAAGGAAUGGACGUCCCAACCAUGGCAGCAUUGUCCGGGAAGCAACUCCAGAGACUAAACUCGCUACAACAGCGUAAUCGUCAUGCCGAAGACAACAUCUCCAAUCAUCUUGCCGACUUACAAAUGCUGGUUGCAGAUCAAGAGAUAGCAAGGGCCACCGUCACAGAUCCACCACCAAGCGAAUCAGACGACUUGUCACUACUUCAAGAGGCCAUGGAACCGAAGCUGGCGUACCUGCGUGACAUCGUUCUCGAGGCCGAGGAGCUGCGGCUACGAGCAGCGGACGAGCUGGUGCAAAUCUUGACACCGCUGCAAGCAGUACAGUAUGCGGUGACUGCGCUGGAGCUGGGAAUCGCGGUGAGAAAACUUGGAGUCUCUGCAGCACUGAGCCAACCCCAGUGCAUACGAGGAAGUGCUUUGGAGGGGAAUGUCAACACCUUACGAAAGGUUUUGGCCAGAGGAGCUGAUCCAUCGGCAGCGGAUUCUGACGGUCGUACAGCUUUGCAUAUGGCAGCGUCGAAAGGCCACAGUGAGUGUGUCGAUAUGCUGAUAAAUGCCGGGGCCAACGUGAACAAGAAAGAUAACUUUGGAAUGACGCCAUUGCUCGCAGCGUUGAAAGGAGGCCACGAUGUUGCUGCGGACUUGCUCGUUGAAAAGGGAGCUGAGCCGCUUCUGGAGGAACCAGGGAUAGAACUUUGUAAAGCAACGGCCAGUGGUGACGUGAAGUAUGUGGAGAGGCUCGUAAAGCACGGUGUGGAUCCGAGUGCUGUCGACUAUGCUCAAAACACGCCACUUCACAUUGCUGCUGCGGUUGGAAGCCUGGAGGCCGUCGCCGUUCUUGUAAAUGAAGGUGCUGAUGUUCUUGCGAAAGACCGGCAUGGCCACACGCCCCUCGACGAAGCGAGGGAUGCCGAGAGUGAAGCCGCAGUGAAGAUAAUCGAGGAGGAAGUGGCGAGGCGUCGUGAAUCAGAGAGCUCGAACAACAUGAGCUAGCAACCUCGCGACGAAAGUCUACUAGAGUAUCGGAUUCCUAUAAAUGCGUUGACAUCUGCUAUCAUCUAUCUAUGUAAGUAACCAAAUUACAAGAGCCUGGACGAGAGUAAUAAGUUGAGGAGUUUAUACAGUUUUUAUAUGUUCAUCUCUCUUUCUUUUCCAUUGUUAAUCAAAAGAAGGUGUUGGUUUUGUCUUCAGGCAGAAUGUGAGAUAUCUCGUAGCUGACUUUCAGAAAAGCAGAAAGUGAUGGAGAGUAAUGCAAAUGGAUUUAGGAAACGCA